GAAAGGUCCUGCAUCGUCAGCACCGGCCGCAUAUCGCUCUGUACGACACCGAUAUGAGGGUCGUUUGCAUGAGAGGAGAACGUCACAGCAGCAUCCACCGCCCAGAAGUAGCAACAACACCCCCGCCAAGCAGUUGAGACGCAGGUGAAACAUUGAAACAAAGAUCUUCCUCCUUGUCUUUCGCCUGGCAGCAGAAAUAAAUACCUGUGUUCGACCUACACAGCGAACUCUUGGGUCUCUGUCUUUGAGGUCCUUUUUUUGGCAGUUUCUGCUUUGGCAUACCACGAAGGGAGGAAGGAUAUAUUCAUUACGACCGACCGUUGACCGAUCGGCUGGCACAACAUCCCAUUUUGUUUCCUUUUGCCUAUCUUUGAACUUCUUAAUUCUGUCGUUUUUCCCUCUCGACUCAUGCUUUUACGGCCUUAUCUCUAUUAAUACACCCCGAAUAGUCAUUAAUCAUGGAUAGCAAGACGGUGUCUUCCCGCCUACGAGAGCUGGUCAAGUUUCUCGGAACAGUCAAGGGCGAUCUCGCCAACGUCACCGGACCUCCCUCCCUCCUCGCUCCCUCGUCCGUCGUUGAAGUCGGCCACUGCUGGGCCCAGCGCCCUGCCGUCUUUGCCGCCCCUGCCCACGAGCCCCUCCCCGAGAAACGCUCCCUGCUCGUCCUCAAAUGGUUCCUCGUUGCUCUCAAGAGUCAACUCUACGUCGCCGGUUCCCCUGGUCCGCAAGCCGUCUCGAUCAAGAAGCCCCUGAACGCCUUUCUCGGAGAGCUAUUCCUCGCAUCGUGGACCGACGAGGAAAACAAGGCAUGCACCGAGCUCAUCGCCGAGCAGGUAUCUCACCAUCCCCCCAUUACGGCGAUGCACGUCAUCGACCGUCAAAAUGGUGUCAGGGCCGACGGGUACGCUAGGGUGGAGAUGACAUUCAACGGAAACGUGAACAUCAGACAGGUUGGGCAUGCAAUCGUGCACAUUGAUCGAUAUGACGAGGAUCAUUUAGUGCCGCUGCCAGAUGUGAAGAUCAGAGGAUUCUUGGGCGGGUGCAUGUACCCAGAGAUCACUGGGACAUAUACCCUGCACUCGAGUGGCGGGUACGUGUCUCAGGUCAAGUUCUCUGGAGAGGGGAUGAUCAGGGGAAAGAGGAACUCCUUUGAGGCCAAGGUGUACAAGAAGGAUGAUACCAAACAGAGGGCCAUUUACACUCUCUCGGGAGUCUGGAGCGACGGGUGGGUGGUCAAGGAUGCGCAAACUGGGGAGGUCCUGGAGAUGUUCAAGCAUGACGCGGUGGAGAAUGAGCCGGUGCCCAUGGAUAUCGUUCCGGUGGAGCAGCAAGAUGACUGGGAGAGCCGUAAGGCGUGGGGCAAGGUGCUGAAUGGGAUGGCCAUGGGUAAUCUCGAGGCUGUCACGCGGGAGAAGACCAAGAUCGAAAAAGCGCAGAGACUGAUGAGGGCUUUUGAGGAGUCAAGGGGCGAGACAUGGGAGCCGCUGCUCUUCCAGUCCAUUUCAGCGGAUGAUUUUGAGGUAUUCCAUCGCUUGGCAGAUGGUACGGGUCAUCAGUUGGCUGAUGAGAGAACCAAAGGGGUGUGGAGAGUGAAGGAUACGCAAGUCAAGAACCUCCAGAGGCCCUUUAGAGCUGGUCUCACGCCGCUGGGGUAUUAAUGCUAGUGAGUUGAUAUGGGUUCCACAUAGCGUAGGCGUUGGUGGCUGUUUGUUGUUUUGGAUGGAUAGCGAUAUCGGACAUGGUUUAUUCACACGAUUGAUCAUAAUUCUGUUAUCGCUGUCUUCAUU